ACUCAAGGCGCUCGCUUUUGUCCCUUAUCGACUCUCUCUCACCUUCUGACUUUCUCGCUCCAUAGAUUUUCUUUCUUGCCUCUCUGCCCAGAAAGAGAGAGAAAAAACCAGUGAGAAAUCCUUUUUUUUUUUUUUUUCGAUUUUAUUCGCGAAUAAUUUACAGCCGGAAACUCCUCGUCGACCUCCUCCUCGUCGUCCUCCUCCUCCUGCCACUCGUGCUGCUCCUCCCGGUGGAGAGAAUCGCUAGCCCUAGGGUUGGAAUCCGUUGGAUCUGGUGCGGUCUGGGGAAGGGAGGGCGUCGGUCCCUGCUCUCGGCUUCUUGCGGUGCUCGUGCCCUAGGCUGUGCAGCGGUCCCUGUUUAGGUCGGCGGGCGGGGUUUGCGGCUCGGUUCCCGCAGCGGAAACCCUAGAUUCGAGGUCUCCGGUGGCUGGCAGUGACCGGGAGGCCCGGACUUGGCUUCGGUAAGGCGGUUUCGAUCCGAUCUCCGGCUGGAAAGCCUCGAGGAGCGGCCCGUUUCGCGGCGCUUUUUGCUUUUUUCCCUUUCUGGUGCCCAGUUCUGAAAAAAAACCCUAGAUUCGCCGCGGUGGAGCUGAGGGAGCCUUGGUGAGAGGUGGUUUUGAGUUAUAUUGGGGUCGUGCGUGGGAUCGUGGUCGAGUUAGGGUUGCGGAGGUUGCGAAAGCCCAUGCGAUAGGGGUGGUGAGAUUAUUUAUGCCGCCAGAACCAUUGCCUUGGGAUCGGAAGGACUUCUUCAAGGAGAGGAAGCACGAGAGAUCGGAGUCCUUGGGUUCCGUCGCCAGAUGGAGGGACUCGUCAUCGUCGUCCUCUCAUCACGCCGGAUCCCGUGGCUUCACUCGCUGGGGAUCUACCGAUUUUCGCCGGCCACCAGGUCAUGGUAAGCAGGGUGGGUGGCACCUGUUUCCCGAGGAAUCUGGUUAUGGCUACGUGCCUUCUCGGUCUGCAGACAAGCUGUUGGAGGAUGAAAGCGGCCGCAGAUCAGGUUUCCGGGGAGACGGAAAGUAUAGUCGAAGCUACAGGGACAAUAGAGGGUCCUUUGGACAGAGAGAUUGGAAGGUAUCCCAUUCAUGGGAAGCCAGUAACGGCUCUUAUACACCUGGGAGGCCAACUGAUAAUAAUUGUCAGAGGCCAGCUGACGUGCUCACACAAACAUCUUCCCCUCAUUCUGACCUUACAAACCCAAGGGAUUACCAUCAGCUGCACGCGAAAGACCAUCAUGACAAGUCUAGUGAUGUGAAGCCGAUUGAUGCCAAGACAAGUGAUGCCAAUGGGUUGACCUCGUGCCAGAAGCCUGAGAGCUCACUCGUGGCCGUGGAGUGGAAGCCUCUUAAGUGGCCCCGUUCUGGGAGCUUGUCUUCUCGUGGGUCAAGCCUGAGUCAUUCUGGUAGCUCAAAAAGCAUGGGGGGUGUUGAUUCCGGUGAAACAAAGGUUGGAAUAUCGACAAAGGAUGUAACUUCAGUGCCAUCCCCAUCCCAGGAUGGAGCUGCAUGUGUGACUUCUGCUGCUCCAUCUGAGGAGAUGACUUCAAAGAAGAAGCCUCGACUUGGGUGGGGAGAAGGGCUGGCGAAGUAUGAGAAAAAGAAAGUGGGAGGCCUAGAUGAAAAUGCACCAAAGAAUGUCAUGGAGCCUGCCCAUUCUCUUGGUCUCAGUGUAGCUGACAAAAGCCCUAGACUUGCAGCAUUCUCAGAUUGCGCCUCUCCUGCAACUCCAUCUUCUGUUGCUUGCAGCUCCUCUCCAGGGAUGGAGGAUAAGUCUUUUCUGAAGGGAUCACAUGGGGAUACUGAUCUCAAUAAUCUUUGUCGGUCACCAUAUCCUUGUUCCCAGGAUCAACAGGAGGGGUUCUCUUUUAAUCUGGAGACAAUGGAUGCAAAUUCAAUUGCUAAUAUGGGGUCUUCACUUGGGGAGUUGCUGCAAUUGGAUGAUCCUAGCUCAAUGGAUUCUUGUUUCAUGAGAUCUUCUGCACUGAAUAAGUUGCUUUUAUUGAGGGGGGAUGUUUUGAAAGCCCUGGAGAUGACUGAGUUGGAAAUUGAUUCACUUGAAACUGAACGUAAGACGCUCAUUUCUCAGUCUGGAGAUCACGGACCAUGCACAGCAUCGUCCAGUUCUCUAGCAGCUGAGGCCAAUGCAAAACCCGGUGAACAUGAUGAAAUUUCUAACGUGGUAUCUCGCCCAUCUCCUUUGGAGAUCUUUUCUUCUGGGAACAUGGACAAGGGAGGAUUGCCUCUUGGUGAAGGAAGAUCAGAGGAAAUUCAUGCUGCAAAUAAUGCUGAGGUUGAUAGCCCUGGAACUGCUACGUCUAAGUUUGCUGAACCCUUCUGUCUUUCCAAGGGAGCUGUAACCUCUGAUAAAGCGAAGGAAAGUGAGUGUGCCGAAGAUAUGGAUGCAACACAGGUUGCAGAGGUUGGAAGAGGUGAGUGUGCCGAAGAUAUGGAUGCACCACAGGUUGCAGAGGUUGGAAGAGGAAAAUUAUUGCUUGAAAUAUCUGUGGAAAAAACUGAUGCAUCUCCCUCUAGGGAUAAAACCAUGGUGCUGUUCUGUGAGGAAGAUAGGGCCAAUAAUAGUGCAGAAAUGUUUAUUAACUCAGAGAUGAUGCUACCUGCAUUUAUCGUGGCUUCUAAUAAGGAAACUGCAAGCAAAGCAUGUGAAGUUUUUGACAAGCUGUUGCCGAGAGAUCAAAGUAGUUUUGAUAUAUCGAGGGUUGCUGACGUUGCAUCACGAGAGAUUGACGCGCUUAUCAUAAAUAACUUUGUGAUGAGGAAGCGUGCUCUAAGGUUCAAGGAGAGAGCUGUAACUCUUAAAUUUAGGGCCUUACACUACCGCUGGAAGGAAGAUCUGCAUUUGCUUUCCUUGUCUAAAGUACGUGCAAAAUCUCAGAAGAAGAACGAGUCGAGCCUUCGUGUAACCCUUAAUGCACAUCAGAAGAAUCGCUCCUCCAUUCGUUCUCGUUUCUUGUCACCUGUGAGGAAUUUGAGUCCGGCACCAUCAUCAAAUGUUUUAAGCUAUACAAGCAAGCUGCUCUCAGAUCCCCGAAUGAAGUCUUACAGGAAGUACUUAAAAAUGCCGGCAUUGAUCUUAGAUGACACAGAGAAGAAUGCAUCGAGGUUCAUAUCCACGAAUGGGCUAAUUGAAGAUCCUUGUGCCUUUGAGAAAGAGCGGACAAUGAUUAAUCCAUGGACAGCAGAAGAAAGAGAAAUUUUUCUGGAUAAGUUGGCCACCUUUGGAAAAGAUUUCAGCAAGAUUGCUUCUUUCCUUGAUCACAAGACAACUGCAGAUUGUGUUCAGUUCUACUACAAAAACCACAAGUCUGAUACUUUUGAGAGAACUAUGAAGAAACUAGAUUUUGGAAAGCAAGGAAAGUCACUAGCUGCCAAUAAUUACCUGGUGACAUCAGAGAAAAGAUGGAGCCGUGAGGUGAAUGCUGUCUCCCUUGAUGUCCUUGGUGCUGCUUCUGCGAUGGCAGCCCAGCAGGAUGAAUUCAUGCUAGAAAGACAAGGAUGUGAUGGAGGAGUAUUUGUGAAUGGUUUCUGUAACUCUAGAUCAUCACGAGCUGAUUGUGGUGACUUGGAGAGGAGUAGCAGUUUUGAUGUUCUCGGGAGCGAAAGGGAGACAGUUGCAGCUGAUGUUUUAGCUGGAAUAUGUGGGUCCAUGUCAUCAGAAGCAAUGGGUUCUUGUGUCACAAGCUCUGUUGAUCCAGGAGAGGGCGGCAGGGAAUUGAAGUGUUCAAAGGUGGAUUUUGUACGAAAACGGCCCUUUACACCUGAAUUUAUGGAGAAUGUGGAGGAGGAGACAUGUUCAGGUGAGAGUUCUGGGGAAAUGGAUGCCUCUGAUUGGACGGACAGGGAGAAGUCUGCAUUCAUGCGAGCUGUAUCAUCUUAUGGUAAAGAUUUUGCAUUGAUCUCACGGUUCGUUGGGACAAGAUCCGUGGAUCAAUGUAGAGUAUUCUUUAGUAAGGCUCGAAAAUGCCUCAAUUUGGAUUCAUUGCUUCCUAUUUGCAGAAGUAGGGGAACUGUCAGUGAAGAUGCCAAUGGUGAUGGUGACAUGGAGGAUGCCUGUGGCUUAGAAAUUAGUUCAGCCAUUUGUGGUGAUAAGUUAAGCUCUAAAAUGGAUGAGGACUUGGUUGUCAAAGACGUAAAUCAAGUUGAAUCUGAUUGUAAAUCCUUGAACUUUGGGGAUGACCUGAACAAAUCAGAUGGGAACACUGGUAGUGGAGAGUUAAGUUGUGAAUAUGUCAAAGAUAUGGAAAUUGAGGUCCCUGAUGUCUGCCAGAUGAGAGAUGGGGACGAGGUAGUUUCCAAAGGUGUUGGUUCCAUUUCUGCAUCAGUUGGAACUCAGAAAUCUAUAGCAGAUUCAGACGUCACUAGAGUUGAGGCAACUGUAGCAGUAGGCGCUUCUCUGGUAGAAUCAUCUGUUAGGGAAGAUACUGAUCACGGCUCCUGUUUCUCAGCUUCUGCUGAUGGUGAACACGCACUUCGAGCGUGCACAGAAGGUUUUAAAAAUAUAACAUGGGGACAGGAGGCGUUGCUUCCUCAGAAGUGCAAUGGCGAUACAACUCAUCCAAGUAGUUUGCUCUCCUCAUCAGGAGAGUCAGAUACGCAGAUUAAUUCUUCUCGCUUGCCUGCUGAUAGAAGCCCGUGUUUUGGGUUCAGUCACAGGUCUGAAUCAGAGCAUCAAGUUUCGCUUGUUUUAGACCCCGUCGAAAUAUCUUCCAGUAAUUUGCGACACGAUGAAAAAUUUCAAGGUGCCACUAGAUCUUUGUCAUCAGAUUCAGCUCCCAAUUAUUGCAAGAUCAGUAGAACCCAAGAUAGAAUGUCGUCAUCUGAUGGACCACCAACCAAAGAGAAGCACAAGCAAUUUGUGAGUAAUGAUGAUUAUUACAAGCAUGUCUCUGGAAGUUCCCUGCUGAGCCAAAUGGAAUCCCCGAUACUCCCAGGUUAUCCGAUACAGCAGUUGCAUGCACAGGAGAACAGUGGGUCCACCAGUGGAGAGUUUUCUGAUGUUCAGAAACAUUUGAAGCCUGAGAAUAGUAUUACAUGUCGAUAUGUGGUGCCAGAUUUCCAUCUUAAGAAGUGUACUACCAGCAAAUCUCACAGUUCUGUAGCUGAGCUUCCUCUUCUGCCACAUAAAUCAGAACAACUGACUGGCUUGUCCAAAAUUGAUAUGCCGAGUUUACCAGACUCCCAGAAACAGAGUAAGUCUGGUGAUUUCAAACUUUUUGGCCAAAUACUCAGCCACCCGCCAUCUCAGCCUACGCCCAAGGUUAGUGUUCAGGAUAAUGAUGAGGAUAGCCCUCAACGGAAGUUUGGCAGCAAGGAGUCUGAUCUGAAACCCAGUAGUAAUCAUAGUGAGGGUGGGAAUUCAGCGAUGCUGAAGUUUGACUGUAACAACUAUGCUGGUCUGGAGAAUGUUCCCUUGAGGACCUAUGGUUUCUGGGAUGGUAACAGAAUUCAGAUUUCAUCUUUGCCUGAUUCAGCUCUCUUGUUGGCGAAAUAUCCUGCUGCCUUUAGUAAUUUUCCUCUGCCCACAACAAAACUGGAGCAGCAUGCGAUGCAGCCGGUGCCCAAGAGCAAUGAAUGUGGUUUGAAUGGUGUCUCUGUUUUCCCAUCAAGAGAAGUGGCCAAUGGUAAUGGGAUUGUGGAUUAUCGGCUUUAUAGGAGCCGGGAUGAUGGGAAAGUUCAACCGUUUGCCAUAGAUGUGAAGCAACGGCAAGAUGCAUGCCCCGAGCUGCAAAGAUAUAACGGUUUUGAAGCAGUGUCUGCUGGCAUUCAGCAUCAAGGGAGGGGCAUGAUUGCAAUGAACGUCAUGGGGAGAGGAGGCAUGCUUGGGGGGGGCCCAUGUAAUGGUGUUUCAGAUCCUGUGACAGCUAUUAAAAUGCAAUUUGCGCAGUCUGAUCCGCUGGUGGGGCAUCAGAAUGGGAAUAUUGUCAGGGAGGAAGAGUCUUGGAGAGGCAAGGGGGACGUAGGAAGGUAGUGGAAACCGUGGGAGGGCCUUUCGAAAGGGUUCCUCGAUGGCAGAAUCUCUUUUUUUGCCGUCGACUUGUAUAAUAGUUUUUGUAUCGUUCAAUUUUAAGUCUUCUUUUAGCUUUCGUAUUGUUCAAUUAAAAUGUAGGGCGAGCGGACUGUUCUCAAGUCCAUCUUUUUGGUAAAAAAGAAGAAGAAAUGAUUGUAGUUGGUUGUAAUGUGGCCGCUGCAGCAGCCCUUGUAUUGUUGUAUUAGGUGGAUAUACAGCAAUAAUCUCUGGAAAUCUUUUAUCCUUUUCUCUACCCCUUUCUCCGGAGGGGGAUGAGCAUCUUGCAUCUUCGUCAAAAGAUGCUUUCCACAAUUUAUAGUGGCGACUAUGGUGGGUAGGUCCUAGCCUUGUGUGCUUUUUGUCUUUUGACUUAGUGGCUGCGUUGGGUCAUGUAGCUGCGUUGUGUGCGCCAAGCUUGAGAAAUUGUUUUUGCUUUUCCUGGUUAUUAUAUUCGAAAGUCUGCCUUAUAA